AUGACGCACCUUCAGCCCCGCAAAGACCACCUCAUCGGGCGCCCGCUGGUUCCGUUCUUCACCGAGGAGGGCCAUGUGAACGCGUCGCUGCAGCUCUCAUCCGCGGCGACGCAUGAGGCCAUGGACGUUGACGCCCGCGUCUGGAACGCCGAGCAAGGCUACUUUGAAUACCCCGAACCAGCAUGUACAGAGACGUCGAAGCGCACGCUGCUACUGACACCACAGCGCCUCGAGGAGGAGCACAGCAGGUCGCGCGGCAAGACACACCCGACACCGAGCACAGAGAAACCGCGGUCCCCGCCGCGCGCAGGCUCGAACUCGAAGAAGCAACGCAGCAAAAAGCCAACGGCCGCCGUCGAGCCCCACAUGCCCCCAAAACCGACGCAGCCCAAGCAACGGUCCCCGUCCAGCACAACCAGCAACAGCACCACCUCCAACACAAGCACGGGUCAGAAGAAGAAGACGACGCAGGCCCCGGCCAAGUGGGCGUGGUCGGCCUUCCAGUCAUCACCCGACCCGAAGACGCUGCCGAUGCCGCCGUUCCUGUCGCCGCAGCCGGUCGUCACGGAGAAGCCGUCACCACCGCCGCCGCCGGCUCCGUCGAUCCAGAUUUUACAGCGACCAAAGACGACAGCCACCAAGCCCGAAGACGCCAUGACGCAGCAGCUGCGCAAAAUGCUCAACAUGGAGCCAACCUCGUCUCCGCGGCUGGCAGCGUCCUAUACCUUGCCGCACACUGCUACAUCAUUGUACCCCUCAUUCUUCAAUUUAAUCUAUGAAAACGCCACCUUCCUCACGACAAGCGUCGCCCUUGCUGCUGUCGCAAGUGCGACUACCAUCUGCAGUGCGGUACCGCCGUUCAACUACCUCUCGGCGUCGACGGCGCACCCACAGCUCGCGCCGGCCCUCGACGUUCUCAAGCAGCAGCCCAUCGCGACGUGGUACACGGACCAGUACGCCAGCGACAUCUCGGGUCUCAUGGCCAAGUGCCAGGGUGCGACGCCGGCCAUCGUCGUCUAUGGCCUGCCGCAGAAGGACUGCGCCCACGGAUACUCGUCGGCGGGUGGCAACGCCAACACGGCCGACUACGCCAAGUGGAUUCAAGGGCUCAUGAACCAAGUCGGGUCCAACCGCGACGUCAUCUACAUCCUCGAGCCGGACGCCUUGGGGCUCCUCGCCAACCACCCGUGCGCGACGCAGCACAACUACAAGGCCAACCUCCGCAUCGCCAUCGAGAUGCUCGCGUCCAAUCCGAAAGCCAAGAUCUACGCUGACGUGGCGGCCUGGGGCGACGUUCCCAAGACGACAGCGCUUUUGAACGAGCUCAAGGCCGCGGGCCGCCUCUCCGGCAUCGCCAUCAACACGUCCAACUACGUCUCCAACGACAAACUCGUUUCCACGUGUGAGACAUACUCGGCCGCGACGCAAGGCCUCCACUGCAUCUUUGACACGUCACGCAACUUUAACGGAUCGCCGUCCAGCGAGUGGUGCAACGCCAAGUCGGCGGGUGUUGGUGCGCCGCCGACCGCCGACACGGGCUACCCCCUCGUCGACUACUUUCUCUGGCUCAAGGUGCCGGGCGAGAGCGACGGCCAGUGCAACGACGCGGGUCGCACGAGCGACGCGGCCGCUGGGCCAGGUGCUGGCCAGUUCUUUCCCGAUGGACUGGAGCGCCUUUGGAACCAAGGCCAUUUCGUUCAGAAACAAGGAAUGCCCAAGAUCGGCGGCGUGUGGCCGCAGUCAACGACGGCCUCUCCGACGCCUUUGGUGACACCUGCGCCAACGCCUUUGGUGACGCCAGCGGUGACGCACGCGCCGACUGCAGCGGUAACAAACGCGCCGACUGCAGCGGUAACGACCGCGCCGGCAUCGCCGACGACGACGCCUACGGUCACGACAACGACGCCGUCGGCAACUACAGCGUCACCGACGACUGGCCCAACGACAACUGCCCCAGCGACGCAUACGACGGAGACGCCGGUGUCGACGUCCUACGACGUUCCUUUGGUGGAUCACAGCACCGCGGGCUCUGUAGCGCACGGUGGCGACAUUCUUGACACGCCGACGCCGCCCACGUACGACUCAAAGCCGUCGACAUCGCAGACGUACACAGCAAGCACAGGCACGCACGACAAUGGCACGGACUCGACCACGAUUGCGCUCUCGUCUUUGGUCGGCGUCGGUGCCGUCGCGGCCGUGGCCGUGGCUGCCAUUGCUCUUCGCAAGCGCAUCACCGAGGACAAAGCCGCCUUGGAGCUCGAGCGCGACGCAAGCGGCAUUGUCAUUUUGACCACCGAUCGCGCGCAGACGAGCAUUCUCUAA